AUGAGUCAAUACGCCCACGUCCCCAAAUCCGAGUUGGACGAAGCGCAAAUAAAAGAAUUAGAGGAGUAUGAGAUCUCUCAAGGACCUUUAUCAGUCUUACAACAGGCCGUACGAAACUCGUCGCAGGUGUUGAUCUCUUUACGAAAUAACAAGAAGUUGCUGGCGAGGGUGAAGGCUUUUGAUAGGCAUUGUAACAUGGUCUUGGAGAAUGUGAAAGAGAUGUGGACGGAAACACCGAAAGGAAAGGGAAAGAAGCCAGUAAACAAGGAUAGAUUCAUCUCCAAAAUGUUCCUCCGUGGCGAUUCAGUCAUUCUCGUCCUUCGUAACGCAGCUUAA